ACCAUAAUGCAUCUACAGUGUAUAUCCCAAAAGCAAAAAGCUGAAAAAGAUCAAGUGCAUGUAAGGAUCUGUUCACAUAUAGAGACAGUAUGCUGUCAUAGUAUUGUAUCUUAUAUGUGAUAAAGUACUUAAGUGUCAACACUUAUUAGUUGUGAAGUGGGGGUCACUUGACUAUGACCUUUCUCUCACUGCCACAUAUUUUGCAAGUAUACAGAGACUCUUGAGUGUUGCACAUUUAUUGUGGUAAUGUCAUGAUUUUUUUGGACAUACUGUAUACCAUGGUACAUAAAUAUGGUUACUGUUAGAUAUCAAAGUAUGGUAUUACCAUCUGAUACCACCAUAGUACUUCUUAAGGGGAAUGACAGGCUAGAAGUGGACUUUUACAAUAGCAGGCAAUGUACAAACUUAUAGUACAGUUGACAUUUGCUCUUUUUAAUAAUGCUGCUUGCACUGCUUAAAACAGAAAUUCACUGAAAAUAGAUAAGUCUUUUAUUGAUAAGUGUUUGACAGUGGAAAUGGGCGUGGCCGAAAGGUAGAAAAGUCUUGCACAAUCUCACGAGAUAAUUUGAGAUUCACCGAUUAUUGUUUACUUUGCCAAUUUUUUUUAGAACCGAACCUAAUCGAUUGUGAUUUCGUGGAUCUGAUUGGAAUAAGGAUCCAUUUCGUCUACAUCAAUCGAGCUCUCUAUAUGUUUAGGCGAAACGGAAUUUAAAGAGCUGAUUUAUCAUUCCAGGACUCGAUCCCGGUUCGGUGCUGACCCGGAGCAGCGAAGACAAACGAGAAACAAAAUAUCUCGGAACAGCGUUAAGAUACAUGAGUUUCGAAUCGAUUUGAAUCAUUUUGGAGGUGGAAUCGUUUGUUGUGAGUAUCCUGCGUGGUGCCACAUGCCUUAAAUCUGGUAGAAUAUAGGUAUUGUAGAAGGCCAGCGGAGAAAGGCGGGUUCGGGAGAUCAAGCCCCACGUUAAGGCCUAUGAGGUCUCGCGUACUCGGCCCACAAUAGGACGUAGAACUGGCGUCCCCUAACGACACAGCAGGCACCGAGCGCAGGCGAGGGUCGGGGAUUCGGCUGAGGCCUAGCGCAGAGAUGUCAGGCUGAGACGGAAGGGCGAGACGGGAGACCACAGGAGGUGAACGGUCGAGGAAAAGAGAUCAAAUAAAACGUCAGGAGGAAGAAAAGACACCGAUAGCACAGGUACAAAUGCAGAUGUGGAGUUAAGGAGGUUAAGAGAGGAAAUUGCAGGGUUGUGAAGGAACAUCAGACAAUGGAAGCAAAACCCAGGGCCAUGAUGGAGGAAUUGCACAGCUUGGAUCCUCGCAGGCAGGAGCUGCUGGAGGCCCGUUUCACAGGAGUCGGAGUUGCCAAGGGUUCUGGACAGAACGAGUCAUCUAACCAGAGCCUGUGCAGCGUGGGCUCUCUCAGUGACAAAGAGCUAGAGACCCCGGAGAAGAAAUCCAAUGACCAGAGAACACGUAAAAGGAAAGGAGACCCUUUUGACAACCAGGGCAAAGGAGGAGGGAGGGGGCACAAAAUUAGUGAUUAUUUCGAGUUUGCAGGGGGUAGUGUUACUGGCACUAGUCCAGCACGUGGCAUUCCUCCAGUGGUGCGUUCCUCUCCUCAGCACUCUCUCUCCAACCCUCCUGCUGCCGUGCAGCAAGGAAGCCCCUCCUCCAUUAACUCAGCAAACACAGACCUCUCCCACUCCUCCUGUUCCCACAAGCCAGUCUCUACACCGGCUCAGCACCGAGCCACACAGUCUGAGUUGACAAUGGAGAAGUUAGCAGCACUGGAGAGCAGCAAAAGUUCAGAUCUGGAGAAGAAAGAGGGACGAAUUGAUGAUCUGCUCAGGGUGAACUGUGACCUGCGCAGACAGAUCGAUGAGCAGCAGAAGAUGCUGGAACGAUGUAAAGAACGUCUCAACAAAUGUGUGACCAUGAGCAAGAAACUGCUUAUCGAAAAGUCCAAGCAGGAGAAAAUUGCAUGCAGGGAAAAGAGCAUGCAGGACCGGCUGCGUCUGGGCCAUUUCACCACUGUGCGACACGGAGCAUCGUUUACUGAGCAGUGGACAGACGGCUACGCCUUUCAGAACCUAGUCAAACAACAGGAGAGAGUGAAUGGUCAGAGAGAGGACAUUGAGAGGCAGAGGAAACUGCUGUUGAAGAAGAAACCGCCCAACGCCAGUCAGACUCCUCCCCCUAACAUAGAACCCAACAAACGCAAGAGCAAGAGCAACGGCGCAGAGAAUGAGAUGUUAUCAUUAGCAGAAUACCACGAACAAGAAGAAAUCUUCAAACUGAGACUCGGACACCUAAAGAAGGAGGAAGCUGAGAUUCAGGUGGAGUUGGAACGGUUGGAGCGUGUGCGUAAUCUUCACAUCCGAGAGCUCAAGAGAAUUCACAAUGAAGAUAACUCCCAGUUUAAAGAUCAUCCCACGCUAAACGAUCGUUACCUACUCUUGCAUCUGCUGGGUAGAGGAGGCUUCAGUGAGGUCUACAAGGCCUUUGAUUUGACUGAGCAGAGGUAUGUGGCUGUGAAAAUUCAUCAGCUCAAUAAGAACUGGAGAGAUGAGAAGAAAGAAAACUAUCACAAGCACGCAUGUCGAGAAUAUAGGAUACAUAAGGAGCUGGACCAUCCCAGAAUAGUCAAACUUUAUGACUACUUCUCCCUGGAUACCGACUCAUUCUGCACUGUUCUUGAGUACUGUGAGGGGAACGAUCUGGAUUUCUACCUAAAGCAACACAAGCUGAUGUCAGAGAAAGAGGCCCGAUCUAUCAUUAUGCAGGUUGUCAACGCUCUCAAGUACCUAAAUGAGAUCCGCCCACCGAUCAUCCAUUAUGACCUCAAACCCGGUAAUAUCCUGCUGGUGAAUGGCACCGCAUGCGGAGAGAUAAAAAUCACAGACUUCGGACUGUCCAAGAUCAUGGACGACGACAACUACGGGGUGGACGGCAUGGAGCUGACGUCACAGGGGGCAGGGACAUACUGGUAUCUUCCCCCAGAAUGUUUUGUGGUUGGAAAAGAGCCACCCAAGAUCUCCAACAAAGUGGACGUUUGGUCUGUUGGAGUCAUCUUCUACCAGUGCCUCUAUGGGAAGAAGCCGUUUGGUCAUAAUCAGUCCCAGCAGGACAUUCUCCAGGAGAACACCAUUCUCAAAGCCACAGAGGUGCAGUUUCCACCCAAACCAGGAGUCUCGCCUGAGGCUAAGGCCUUCAUUCGCAGAUGUCUGGUGUACCGUAAGGAGGACCGUAUCGACGUUCACCAGCUGGCCAGUGAUCCCUACCUCCUCCCACACAUACGCAAGUCAGUGGCCGCCACUGGUAACAACAGCAUGGCCAUCGCCUCCACCUCCAGCUCCUCCAACAGCAGCGCCUCAAAUUGAGAACCCCGCCUAUCCUCGCUUGUUUUGAUUGGAGCAGGGGGAGUAGGGCAUUUGCCCCGCCCUUCUGCAGUGCACUGGAAGGGGAAUCCAACCCCUACCUGCCAGGAGGAAGGGAGCAGGAGGAAGGGGACAGAGAGGGAUGAAGACAAGACGCAUCCCCCUCCACCCUUCUUCCCCUCCCAGGCAUCUGGAGGCUUCUUUUUAAUGAUUUUUUUUUUUUUUUUUGAAUGGAUGGAUGGGGAGUGAACGCACCCCCUAGAGUGGGUCAGAGGAAGCAAAGUUUAAUAUAAGAGGGUGUAUUACCUGUGCGAGUGUAAUGGCCAGAACUGCAACUGCUCGGACAGGUGGAACAGACUGGUAUAUGCCCUGAACCCCACAACACCAAUACAUGCAUUCACACAUAUAGAGACACAUUUAUAACGAGGUCAGCUUAUUUUAUUUGUUAAAGGCAGCCCCUAGAUGUUUUCGUUUGCUAGGACAAGCCCGCUCAGAUGCAUUCAAGUGUACGAUAUUCCUAAAGAAUCUGGAGACGCCCUGCUGACAACGAAUUCCAUCCCUGCCUCUUUCUCCCUUUUCCUUCUGCCUCCGGAAUGGAUCCAUGAACUUUUGGAAGCAAUACCGUCAGUGGGUGCAUUUCAACAAUACUUAACUCCAGUUUUAAUCUUUAUCAAAUCGAAACGUCUUUCUGAAAUGUUUUCAGAUUAAAUUAUAAAUGCUGAGGCCGUAUCAGCAUUGCUGGACCUCUAGGUUAGCUAAUCUUAUGUGCUGGGAAUCGAAUAUUUGUACUGUAUGACAAAUGUAAAGGACAGGUUGUCUGUUUCUGGAGACAUUUGUCUUUGUGUCCUGUUCGUUCUCACCCCUCUUAUUCUUAUGACCAAAGCUGAGCUCCUGCCAGAAGGUGGUGCUGUUUGACUUGAGUGUUUUUUCUUUCUUUUCUUUUGUUGCUUUAUGCUGUUAUGAAAGCGCAUUUUAAGGAAGUGUAUCAUUUUAGAUUGUUUUAGCGACACUAACCAGUGGCCUCAAGUGUUGGAGAGAAUCUAACGUUCAAAAAUGUUAAGUUAGAUUGGUUGUUCUUUAAUUGAUUUAAAAGUGUUUUGCCUCGCAUAGAAACACAAAGACUCCAAUGCAUUCAAAAAUAUACACACUCAUAUGUUUAGGUCUGGUGAAAUGGCUAAUUGCCUGAUCCUGUUUAACUUUUUGUGGGAAAGAACUGGCUAGAGGGGCAAAGCUAGUCCAGGGGUACAGGGCAGAACUGGGCGUGAGCAUUAAAUACUGUUGGUUAUAAA